CGAGACAGCUCGGAAGAACUUCGCAUAUGCAAUAUGUGUCAGAAUAACUAAUUUUUUUAUUAUAAAUUUUAUACAAUCUGUAAUUUUUUUCUUAAAAAAAAAAAUCAGGGAUUGGUUUGGCGCUCGAGGAGAGUAAUAACAAGAGCACCUAACGACGUCGUCACCAAGCUGGACGGGAUCGCCGUGUCGGAACUCGUCAGUUUCUCAGUUCGCCUUACCCUGAUUUAUGUCUGGAUCAAGUAUCGUCAAGCUCCACGAUUUCCAGAAACCAAUUUGUAACUCGAUUGAUUCCAAAUCAAACCGAACAGAGAAUUUCGAAAAAUAUUCUUGUUUUGGGAGAAAGAUUUGAAGAAAUGGAAGAAAUACUGCUUGCAAUUCUUUCAAUGCUUCUCGUGGUAGCAUUGAUUCCACUAUACCUUUGGAAACGCCGUCAUGAUUCUCGAUCACCUUCUCAUCAGGAUGAGGCUCAUCAGGAACCUCGAAGGGAAGCUGUGGUACGCGCCACCGGCACGCGUCGAAUGCGUCGUAGACCGGCCGCUUCUGGUGCUAGCUCUUCAUCAGCUGCAGCGGCAACUACUGAAGAAACUGUGGAGGAAAGCGAUGAUGAAGCUACUGGUGCUGAGUAUUAUGGGGCUAAAGCGUCAAAGAAAAAGGAAAAGAAACGGCAAGAGAGGGAAGCUCGCCGACAGGCUGAAGAAGCUUCACGGGAGUCAAGGCAGACAAAACAAGACCAUUAUGCAGAGAUGCGGAGGAAGAAGGAUGAAGAGCGUGAGGCAGAGGAGCGUAGGCUGGAAGAGGAAGCCAAAGCUCAGAAAGCCAGGGAGGAGGAAGCUGCCACUUUAGAGUUUGAGAAGUGGAAAGGUGAAUUUUCAGUUGAUGAUGAAGGUACCAUGGAAGAAGUGCAGGAUGGUAGUCAAGACUUGCUAGCAGAUUUUGUUGAAUAUAUAAUGAAGCACAAAUGUGUUCCCUUAGAAGAUCUUGCUGCCGAAUUUAAAUUAAGGACACAGGAAUGUAUUAAUCGCAUCACCUCCUUGGAACGUAUGGGGAGGCUUUCUGGUGUCAUGGAUGACAGAGGAAAAUAUAUUUACAUCUCUCUGGAAGAAAUGCAAGCUGUUGCUGAUUAUAUUAAGCGGCAGGGGAGGGUUAGCAUUUCUCACCUAGCUAGAAAGUCCAACCAGUUCAUUGAUCUGGAGCCUAAGUCCCAGCAGGUUGAAGAAAUUACUCCCGUGGAGGAGAUUAUUGCCAACUAACAUCAUCUUCAUGGUAGAGGAAGUCAUGACAACAGAGAUUUUCUUCAUUCUGUAUUAUAUUCCUUAAUAAGGUACAUAUAACAACACCAAAAGAAUGCGAUGUUGGUAAUGUUCUUUUGAAAAAUAUCAACUUGAUUGCAUUCUUGUGUUCGAUUUAAUGCUCAAGUAAAAUGAGGCAGCCAAUUUUUUGCUUA